CACACCACCGUGCCGCCCCCAAUAUAUUUCAGUUUUGACUAAUUGCUCCAAAACGUCUGGAGAGUAAGAUGAUAAAAAACUAACUCUGGUUUUGGGGCAUUUGAGUUGAUAGAUUUGUAUUGUCAACCAUCAACAGGAUAGCUUGGGUGGGAUACCUUGAUUUCUUCCCUCUACUUCAAUCAUUGUAUUCAAAUACCUGAAUGAAAUAAUGUCAUUAUAUUUGGUGUAUAAUGUGAGGCUGUGAGUUUUUAGUUCUUCUGAACUUUUCCCGCGUUUGCCCUGCAAUGGAGUUCUCAUAUGACUGUCAUAGGAAACGACAGCACCAAUCUACUGUCAAAUUUCACCAGAGUGCUCUUCAAAGAAAAUAGUAGCCAUUAAAGUAAUCUUACCAUUUAGGGGCUGAAAGCUUUUUGUGCCCUCUAUCAACGUGGAAUUGAAAAUGUAUAGUUUUGGGUGAUUUACUGCCCCUUCCUGUAUGAUUUGGUGUGAUUUGGAGCUGUCCUUCCUGGUUUGGCCAAGAUGGUUUUGUUAUUGUCUUAAUACAACUGUGUGUCAGUGGGUGGUAUUUUAAGGGGAGUUAAGAGUGUCACUGUUUUGCAUUCAUGUAGAAUACAUGCAUACAUUUUUCCUUCUGCUAACAACUGCUAACUUUUAAGAACAUUUGACUGAAUUACUUGUAUGAGUUUUAUACCAAGACCCUGCAGGAAAAGCCACAUUUAUCUCCGUGUGAUAACAAGGAAUGCAUCAGCCUUUUCUUUUAUUCCAACAGUUUUCAAACAGGAUUAUAUAUUUCAGAUUAUUUAUGCAUGAUUAAAUUAAUGUGUCUUGAUGCAGACCACCCUCUGCAUUUCUCUAUAAACUGAAACAUCAUCUUUCCAAACAUAUUUCAACUUAAUGUGAAAACAACAGACCAUCAUUAGCCAUUUGAAGUCACACAUCAUUGGUUUUAUCGAGACGUGUCAUGCUGGCUGUGACUCUUAAGUGGACACUCGAAAUUAAUGGAGGCUUUUCUUCACUUUUUGCCACAACUUUUCCAACAAACUUCUUUUAGUGCAGAAGUGAAAAUUGCUUUAAUCAAGGCUACUCUUUUUCCCCUUAAAUAUUUAGGAUAUUCCUUGUGUACUUAAUGUAGAAAAAUGAAUGGCCUCUUUGACUCUGAUGAAGACACAGUGGUGUUGAAAUGUUUGUUUGCACUGUUAAAGACUAAAUUGAUCAGUGUGCUCCAGUCCUUUAAACCCUCUUGGAAAGUCUUUGUUCUUGAGCUGAGAGGCACCUGAUGUAGCCACAUGCUGUUGGAUGUUUCAUGGAAUGAUUAAGGAUAGAAUAACUGCAUUUCAAAUUGAUGGGAAUUAAUUAAGUGUCUAAAUUCAUUUCUUGCUGCAUCAUGUUGUAAAACACAAAUUUAUGGUAAUCCAGAAAUAGUAGACUUGACUGCUGCAGUAAAUUUGCAAUACAUAUAAUUACAAUGUAUUGACAAAAAACAACACACGUUCACCAUCAAGUCAAAUAAUUAACAUUUAAAUGAAUUUAAUGUCGUGACAGGUACAUGUUCUGGACUUUUAACAAUGAUGUUAACUGAGAAUCUCCAUGUGUUUCACUGCUGUGACAUUCAGGGAUUACUAACCUAAUGAGGCAGUAGAUAUUUCUCAGGAGCACCCUAAAAGUGAAUGAAAUGACCCUCCCUCCCAUCUGACACACUGUAUAAAACACAGGCAAUGUUGAGAAUCUGACAGAGGCACUUUGGACGGCGAGAAACCCGGCUACAGCUGAAUUUUCAAGUGUUGCUUAGUGAUGAUUCGAUCCAGUGCUGUGAUGUCGCUGAGUAUCCUGGCUUUCUGCCUGCUGGCUUGUAUUCACUCUGGCAUAAAUGCAUAUCCGGCCAAGCCUGCCAGUCCCCGGGAAGGCGCACCACCUGAGGAGCUCGCCAAAUAUUACUCUGCUCUAAGACACUACAUCAAUCUAAUUACAAGACAAAGGUAUGGGAAAAGAGACACCCCAGAUACUUUGUUUUCAGAUGUGCUGGUGAGCGAGAGCAGAGAGAGUUUUCCAGGAUCAAACUAUGUCAGGUAUGAUGGGCUACCACUGUGGUGAUGCGGCUGCCACUGUCGUAUCCAGGCUGACUUCACCACAAAGCUGCUGCCAAGCCUGAUAAUGACAUGAAAUGAACUUGUACUGCAUGG